AUCGUUUUGCAUCCAAUGGUUAAUAGCCAAAGAAGAAUGUAACUGUUACACACACUUUAUUUCAGUAAAUUAACAUCUAUAUAUAGUAUAUUUUAACUACAGGAAGAUCCCUUUGGGAAACUGGGAAAAACAGCUAUUGUGCAAGAGAAAGAGAGCGAGAGCAAGAGAGUGAGAGCAAGAGAGCGAGAGAGAAAGACGAAUAGGAAUGAAAAAUACUCAUGGGAAAGAGUGAACAGAAAGAGAAAAUAUAUAUCAUAAAAGAGCAGAAGAGUGAAUACAUAUAUCAGAAGAACAGAAGGGAAAAUAACCAUCGAGUGACGAUAAGAAUACGUAUAUUGAAAGAUGACUGCUGAUAUGAGAUUUAGUUUAUACUUCCUAACAAACUCGUCAGCGCUUAAUUUUUAUUAUUAUUCUCCUUUAUUACGCUGCAAAUGUUGUUUAAUUUUUUUGCUGGAGUGUCGGCCAUACGUCGGAGCCAAACUAGUAUCGAUCCACUCAGUCGACCAUGCGCUACAAAAGCCCACUAGUUCCAGGUUGGCAAUACUUCAAGAAAAACACGCGUAUAGGUUGAUAUGUAUAUUGUAUGUGUUAAAUAGAGAAGAGCAUCUGCAGUGCUUGACUGUGGUCUAAAACCGAGUUGAACUUUAGAGAAAAAUUUGUGUUUGAAAAAAUAAGUAAACAACUGGUCGUAAAUAAAAGUUUAAGAAUUUUAUUCAGAAUAGAAAGAAGUAAAACUGGCCUGUACUUUUCAACUUGCGCCUUCGGUCCCUUUUUAUGUAGAGGAAUAACGACCAAUAGACAAACAGAAUAAAUGGUGAAUAAAAUCUAAAGUUCUAACACACACUCUUUCAAAAAACAAGCUGGUGUCUAAUCUGGUCCUGACGUUAUAUCUGUCCUUAAACUUUAUUUAUAGCUGUGAAAAUUUGUUCUUUUGAUGGUGCUGAUUCGUUAAUUACUGAUUUUGGUUUCGAACACGGUCCGGAUUUAACAAUAAUAACAACAACAAAUAAUGGUUGCACAGAACACAACUGUUCAUACAGAAGACAGUGAAAUUAUUAAUUAUCGAGUUAGUGCUAGUAACUUUAGCAUAACCACAAAAACUUGUCGUCUACAUUUCUCUGAAUAGGACGUUGAGUCAUGGACAGUUGAAAAUGUCUGUUCGUGGUUAGCAACAAAUGGCCUACAGAACUGCUGUGAAGUAUUUCUGGGUAAGAAGAUUCAUUUUGUUUGAUUUUUCGAUUGUAUUCGUUCACAUUUUGCAUACUCACUCUAGUUAACCAAGUUGAUGGUGCUACCCUUAUUAGAGAAAAUUAUGGCACGCUGGACUUAUUAGUUAAUCUAAUAUCGUACAAAAACGAUCAGGAAACGUUCAUCAGUGCAAGAGAAAAACUCUUGUAAGUAUAACAUUGCGUGAAAAGGUAUGCCGUUGUUCUGCGUCUACCAAAGGAAUCCUAAUUUUCAUUUAGUAAAAUAACAAACGAAGUUCCUGAUCGUAUAGAUUACAAAAAGAUAGAAAGACUGGAAGAGAGAUUAAAAGUAAUAUUUUUAGAAUUUGAAGGUGGAACGGGAUAUCUGGGAUAUGAUCGAUUUAAAAACUUUCUGCAACGCUUAAGUUUAACAACAUUGAAAGAAACUCAACUACGUCAGAUCUUUGAAGAUAUUGACCAGGAUCAUGAGGGGCGUUUAAAAUUUCAGCAUUUUUUUCAAUUUUUCUCAAAUCUAAUUCAAGGUAAAGAUCCUGAUAUUCUCAAAGUAUCACAACAGGCACCUCGACAUAUCGCCGCUGCACAAGUAGCUGGAGUUUCCUACACUCCACUGGCAAACCCAACAGCUCAAGCAAAGUUUGCGUUAUUCGUUGCACUGCUGAAGGCAGAAAGAGAAGGCAAAUGUUCAUUGGGUGGUGUCACACAGUUUAUCAAUAAACAAUGGUCAACAUUCAAUAAUUUCCUGCGUUAUGGUUCAAGAGGUGAUAUAGUGAUGGAAAUUGGUACGAACAUUGAUGAUAUUCUGCCAGGUGAUUAUUUGUUGACGGAUUUAAUUAAAUGGCCAGAUAGUCUGACCGAUACAAUUGAACCGAGAUGUGUUAAAGUAAAAGGUAAAGCGGUGGAUACAAUUCAAUUGAAAUUGUGUUGA